AUGGCAACUUCACCUUCGAUUCCAUUGUCGUCGAGCGACUCUGGUUCAGGAUCUGUUUUCGACACGUCGGAAGAAAAGACGAACGGCACUAGAUUGGCACGAUUACUGGUCGAUGGAGGAACUCACGUUUUAAGAAAGUUUUUAGAUUCUGUUUAUCCUGAGCCAAAAUUACUUGCUAAAGGGUUGAACAAGAACUCUGUAAAGUUUCAACAUCUCAAGUCAAAACGCGUGAUAUCGGACCAUCAGUGGCAAAAGUUAUUUCCGCCUUCCGGUCUACCGGCGGACUCGAAGGAGUUUGAUAUAACACUUUUACAUUUGUUGAUUAGAGAAAUCUGUUAUCUACCUGUACCACUAACAGGCUGGCAUAAAAUGCCUGCUGAUGAUGACCAAAGCUUGGAGGCAAACAUCGCCAGAAUCAAAUGCUUCCGAAAUGAGCUAUGUCACAAUGUUUCAACAGGCAUUCCUAAUGAGGAGUUCGAAGACAAAUGGAAUACAAUAACUUCGUCUUUAGAAGCGAUUAAAAUUGGCGUCUACCGAAAAAAAAUUCAGGCUCUCAAGAAUGAUUCGAUUGACCAUAAAACCCACAAAAGGGUGGAGGAAGAAGUCGAGAAGUGGCAACAAUUUCAAGAGCUAGAAGAUAUUAAGCCAAUUUCUCAACUUGACAGCUAUUUUCCGGAUAUUCUGCCACACGAGCGCAUGUUUGGUCGUCCACAAGAGUUACAGGAGGUCGUAAAAUGCAUUGAAGGUGGAACAGUUUCUGUAGUGCUGAUAACCGGGGGUCCAGGAUUUGGUAAAACAACUUUGGCCAAGGCAGUUGCCCAUGAGCUUGCAAAAUCCGAUAAUACGAGAAAAGUGUUAUUUUGCCGUUUGCUUUCGAAGAAAACGUUCAACGAAGUGGCCAUUGAAAUGAUUCACUCCUGUGGAAAGAGUUAUGCACAGCCUCCCCAAUAUCCGGACCAGUGGCUCAAGGACUGGAGCAGACAGAUCCCAGUGCAAGUCACUUUUGUUCUCGAUAAUGCAGAUGAUAUCCUGGAAUCAAACCAAAAAUCUUCCUUCUUAGACAUCUUGUGUGAGAUGGCGCAGUUAUCCGAGAAAAAGCUGACAUUUGUGAUUACUUCCAGAGAACAAUUCAAAGCACGAGAUCUGCUGUCGAAGGAGGUCGUGUUAGCCUCGUUAUCGACGGAUCAGGCGAAGAAAGUCCUUAUCUCCCGCGUAAGCGAUAAAGAAAUUGGCGAGAAUCUUUCCAAAACAGAGGAAAUAGUAAAGCUGUGUGGCCGUGUUCCUUUGGCUCUUUGCAUUGUUGGGUCACUUCUUUCAGACUACACGGAGGAGAGGCUUGUUAAUGACCUUGAGAAGGAACCUAUGAAGCUGCUGGAUGAUGGAAAUGAGUCAAUUGAAAGGGUCAUCAAAACGUCUUUUGAUCUUUUGUCUAAAGAUAAGCAGGAUUCCUUGGUCCUAAUGUCAGUCUACCCGGGAUCAUUUGAUAGCGAUGCUGCCGUGGCUGUGAUAUCAAAAGCUUGUUCAGAAUCUGGGACCCUGCCCGUUUCUGUCCUGCGCUGCUUAAAGAAGAGCUCUCUUGUUGAGCAACCAAGUUCACGAAGAUAUCAACUGCAUCCUCUUCUUCGCGCCUUUGGCCAAGCCAAUGAUCCACGACAAGUUUUAGUCGGGGCAGAAAAACUGGCCUGUUCUCACUUCAUUUCUCUUCUUGUUCAGAACGCAACGAAGUUCUGGAGCAAGGACCAAUGCAAAGCAGCUAUCGACUUGUUCAGUGAAGACAGACACAACUUCGAGUAUUUCCUUCAAGUAUACGCCAAAGCAGCCGAGACCCUUGAGUGUUGCAAGGAGUUCCAACACAAUUUUCUCCAGAAUUGCAUGUAUUUGGAGAAGUGUCUUUCACCGUCAUUCUAUACUGUCUUUGUGGAAGCGUUAUUGUCGUAUACUGAGCCCAAAACUCAACCAGUGCGUGCUGCAGAACUCUUGUGUCUUCGAGGACAUGAGAAAAGAAAAGUUGGAGACAAGGAAAAUGACUACCAGGUGGACAUGGAAGAAGCAUAUAAUCUGUACUCUGAGAACGGUGGUAAAUUCGAGACAAACACAAUGUCGGCAGUC